UGGACUGUCAUCUCCAGUGAUAAACAGGUCAAUAAUAAAUGAGUCAGUCUAUUAGAUUACAGUAUUGGGAAAUUCCUUCAUGAUAAGAAAACAAAUGUAUUGUGACAUAAAAAAAGCAUUAAAGUUAGUUUUUAAAAGAUAAAUUUCAACCUUGGAUACAAGACAAGAAUUAGUUAACAUAGAAGUGAAUAUUAAAUUGGGACUAUCUAAGUGUGACAUAAGUUUAACCUUUCCUCUGCACAUGACAGAAUAAUUGAUAGUUUUGGACUGGAUAUAUUCAGAGAUUGUAACAAUAUGGCUGUUUUAUGAGAACAGAAUGAGGCUACAACCAAAGAGUCAAAUCAGCAUAAUGUUGUUGGCGCUGCUUCUACAAGCAGUCCAUGUCAGUGGGGAGAUAUGUGUGUCACCAACUGUACCAUCCAACCUCUGUGAAUGUAGGCUUGAAAAUGGGGUGCGUAGGCUUAAUUGCCAGGACAAGCGUCUCACAACCAUUCCAACUUUCACACCAACCAAUGACAUCUUUGAUGAAAUAGACUUUACCUAUUACAUUCAAGAAAGUUCAGCCAGCAAUAAAAUUUCAAACAUUCCAGACUAUGCAUUUGAAAAUAUAACUACCAAGAAAGUAAAUCUGCUGACAAAUCCAGUUUCAUCAGUGAGUUUUAAUGCAUUUAACAGCAACAGAUCAAAAACAUACCUACAGGAACUACUUAUAGAAGGGAAUUUGACAAACUUACCACCAACAGAUCCACUCGGGACCUUAACAAAUCUAAAGUAUUUGCAUUUAAAAAGUUACCAAAAAAUUGUACUAAUAGGUGCGGAUUUUCCAUUUCCAAAUCUUGUAACACUAAUACUUGAUACUUUCAUUGGAUUAACAACAGUGGAUCCCGCUGCUUUUGCCCCCCUGCAGAAUGUUAAAGAGUUACAUCUUGAAAACAUGCCAUCCAUGAAGACACUUCCAAUACAGGCUUGGAAUCAGCUACCAAUGAUCAAAGACCUCCGCCUUAAGGACCUUGCAGUAUCCACCAUUGAAGCUGGAACCUUCCACAGCUUACAAAACCUUGAAUUCUUGUAUAUACAUUACAUAUCAACAUUAACGACUAUACGAAAUGGAACGUUUGGUGCAGCAAGCAACACACUAACGCACCUUUACCUCAAAUACGAUGAUCUAUCAGACCUUGGAUUUUUGGCUUCAGAGACGUUUCCAAAUCUUACCCAUCUAGACCUGAGUUAUAACACUAAACUGUACAAUGGUCUCAUCUCCCCAAACUUCACAACCCUGACUGCUUUGCGGACAAUGAACUUGGGUGAUGUAGGGCUAUCUUCAGUGGGUAAAACAAUGCUUUCUGGACUUGGUUUGCUUCAUACACUUGAUCUCUCGUACAAUAACAUUCAAACAGUAGAAAAUCAGGCCUUUAGCUUAAUGCCAAAUCUAGUGGAAUUACGGAUGAGCAAACAGACACUUGCCAUUAACUUUGAGCAGAAUGCAUUUCAAGGAAUUGAAUCUUCGUUGGAACAUUUGCUACUGGAUCUAAACAGAAUCAGUUAUACACAAUUUUGGCCCUUACUUGAAACACUGACAAAUCUUGUUGAACUGAAUUUAGAAGGAACAGGACUCACUGAAAUACGUGACUAUACAUUUCAGAAUAACCAAAAAUUAUCCAAUUUGCACCUUAAGUCAAACAGUAUUUCAUCCAUAAACCAAAAGACAUUUUUUGGCCCAAGAAAUACUCUUCGAGUCCUUGACCUGUCCCUAAACCGUCUGACAACAAUAAGUGCCUGUUUGUUCAGUGAUUUUCAACCAAAGCCGACCUUCUACUUCACGGGCAAUCCCCUCAACUGCACAUGUGACCUGACUUGGCUGUUUGAUUGGGUAUUGACCCACCCUACGAGGCAGCAACAGAUAGACGCAGCCCUUGCAUAUGUGGGAAAAUGUGGAUCCCCAGCUAAUCUUGCAGGCAAGUAUAUGCUUGACGAUUUUCAAAAGGUUGAUAUGUGUCCCACUGGGGGAGGGACCAUACCCCAGUGUCCAGAUCUGUAUGCAACAACAACCCCAAUACCGACUACAACAACCAGUGCUUCAACCAUUGUCUCGACCACACCACCGCUAGCUCCAAUACCAGACUUUGAGUUGCUUGUAGUCCUAGCAAGUGAAAACUUUAUAGAACUAACAUGGACCGUUUCAGACAAAACUGAUGUUACAGGCUAUCAAAUUAACAUGACUGCAAAUUACAUAAAUGAUCCUGUCAUCAAGAAUAUUGUAAAAGAGGACAAAAAUGUUAGAUUUUAUGAGCUAAAAUCUGGGGAAUACUUUUAUUUCUGCUUAGCUUUAAGAAUAAACAGUCAACUGAGGACUGAAACAAAAAAAUGUGCCAGUGCUAAUACACUACUUGUCCAGACAACAACAACUGAGGCUGUAACCCAAGCCCCAGAGGCAAACAUUGGACUUAUAGCUGGCCUCAGUGCCGGAGGAGCAAUUCUCAUCAUUCUUAUCAUUGUCAUAGUUUACCUACUGCUGAAGUCAAAUAAACAAAAGAAGGCACCACCAAGUACCUCGCCAAUGACUUUUACCAUGCAUCCACAUGCAAAUGUUCCCCAGGCCGGUGGCACAGCAAAACGGUUUGCCAAGAAGCCAGACAAAGAGGGCGCCACACCUGAUGAUAUAAAUAUCACAAUGAUAUCAAAUGGUGAUAUGAACAAAGGCCGCAUAUCCGCUGGUAGCUACCAAGAAUUGCAUACAAAAGGUUUGGACAAUAAUCCAAUGCCUUCUUCGUCAAAAAAUGGGGCAUACGCAAUUGGUCCUGAUCAUCGACGAGGGGCAUAUCCAAGCAGUCCAAGCAGUCCAGAUCAUUAUACUAACAGUUUUGACCAAAGACCUUUACCCCAAGCCCCGGGAGGAAGGCGUGGGUAUGUUAAUACAGGUUAUAAGAAAAGCAACGAACACUUACCAGAGACCUCCAAAAAUGAAUAUUCGGAAGCGAGGUAUUAGUUUACACUGCAUGGAUGGCAAUUGUUCUACUGUGUAGGAUAAGUGAUGGAUGUAAUUCAAGUUUCCUUUAUUCACUCAUUCCAUAACAUACAUGGAUACUUGAGGUAACAAGAAUAGUGUAGCACAUAAGUUUGAACUAUUCUAAGUGCAUGUAAGUGUGACAUAUGGUAAUGUUAAUACCAGUUUAACAUGACUUCUGUUUACAUGCAGCUACUAUGCAGAAAGUGUAAUUGUAUUCAAGAAACAUAUAGAUCUGUGAACACAGCUUAUUGUGGAAUGAACAAAAGACAGUCUGUGUUCGCUGGAAUGAUUUGGCUCCAUAAGCAGCCACAAAUACAAUGUGUUCUGAACCUUACAAUGAUAUGGGUCAAUUUUGACCGAGUUCAUGAAAACUGGAGGUGCAUAACUCUUGUUUCAAGCCAUACUGACAUUGCUUAACAAAUGUUUCACACACAUACUGAUUAAUUCUGACACAAUGGCUUUUAAAAGCAAGCACAACCUGCUGUGAUAUUAUAUAUUAUAAUUUAUGUACAUAUCAAAGAAUUAUAUAUGUACAUAUAUGUUGCUUUAUUUAACUGGAUUCAUACAUUCCUUUUUACUUGAUACCAUUAUUUCACUAUUAUAUAUAAUCAUGCUCAUUUAUUUUAUUAAAUCUUUUUAAUUUUUUGUAUAUAAUUUGCAUCAUUGUCAACUGCGAGCGGGGCCUAACAUAAUAAUGCAUUUAAUUUGUUCGCACACAGGAACUUCACAAGUGAACAAACAGCCUUGAAAUAAUUGAAGCAUGGUACUUGAAUACAAUUUUCUCAAGUAUUCGUGAUCUUCUUUCUACUUAACAUCUAAAUAGGAAUGGGAUGUUUAAGUUGUUCUCCUUUAAUCUGACCUUAGCUUUACAGAUUUAAGAAAACAUUUAACACAAACACAUUUAGAACGAAGUUAAGCAGUUAUUGCAUUGAAUUAUAUAACUGAAUUUUUAGAAGAAGAUUUUUACUCAAUACACUUUAUGUAUAAGCAAUUAUUACCAUCCAAGGUUGGUUAAAUGGUCUGGUUAUUUAUUUUAAACAGCUCAUUUUUCUAAAAGGCUGCAUGUGUAUUGCCCUAUAUCAAAAGCUAUUUACAAGUUUCAUGUUAAAUGAUAAUAUUCCUUUGUUCAUGGUAAUGUUUAGCUUGUUUAGAUAGGAUGUUUUGAACCAGUUGACCUUGUUCAAAAGCAUUUGUUUAGUUAACAUUAGUGCCAAGUUUGGUUCACAUUUCAGCAACUACAUUAAGCUUGUAUUAGUUGAAACAUGCAUCACUUUUGGGAAAAAAACUUACAAGUUUCAAAAUACAACUCCUAGAUAUAGAUCUAUAUAUCUUUUAUAUUAGGCAAAGUAUUUGGCAAUUAUAGAACAUAAUAUUUCUCAGCUGUUUUUGAAUUUCUAAAAGCGCAUAAUAUAAAUGAAAUCAUUCAUUUGUAAAUGUAUCACUGAACAGCUAAGAACGAUUAUAUUUUACAUUCCAUAAAUCAGAGGUGUAAAUUUCAUAAAUAAUACAUAUUGGGCUAAUAGUUCAGAACUUUGUUGAAGUUAACAACACGAUUAACAGCAUCACUGUUAACUUUUAAACGUAAAAUAUUUGUUCAUGUGCUCACAAAUUCAAUUAUUUAAUUAUAAACAAGUACAGCUGAAACUUUUUUCUCAUAUGUUGCCUGAAAUACAGCGGAUCACAAUUAAUGUAUCCAUUAAACUUCCAGAGCAGCAAGGACUUAAAGUUAACAAUGAUGAAGUUAACAUUUUUGUUAGCUUCAACAGAAUUCUGAACAGUAUCCUGUUUUAUCUCAACGAAUGUCUGAUGUGCUACAUGUAUGUACCUUGUACUAUUGUUAUUUGUUGAAAUAUAACUCUAUUAAUGGUUGUGAAAAUGAUAAUAUAUCCUGUUAAAGUACUUCUUUAUAUUGUCUUUGUUAUUUUUUAUAUUGUUCAUGAAAUGUUUAUAGAUAUAAUGUUUACUAUGAGAAAUAAAUAUUUUGUAUA